AUGCAGUUCCGCAAUCUAGCCCUGGCCGCAUUGGCCUCAGCAGCGUAUGGACAAGACCUAAAGACCGCGCUGUCCAACCAGCCAUCGUUGUCGAACCUCACCACCUACCUGAACUUGUUUCCAAGUCUGCUCAGUCAAAUCAGCCAGAUGUCCAACAUCACACUUCUCGCACCAAACAACAACGCUUUCGAGAUGGCAUUGAACGCGUCUGGCGGUGCGUUUCAGAACAACGACACUUCUCUGAUCGAAGCUGUGCUGUCGUACCACGUCCUCAACGGCAGCUACUCUAACUUCUCGUCCAUGCCCAUGUUCAUCCCUACGGCUCUCGGGCCUGGCAUGUACGCCAAUCACCAAUGGCUCGACAACGAUCUUCUCUGGCUGUUCGCCAACUCAACUGUCACGAAUUCGACGAACUUCACCAAUGGCUACAUCCACAUCAUCGAUCGCUUCUUGACGUUGCCUGCCAACAUCACCGACACAGCUGUACAGCUUGGACUGCGCUCUGCCGUUGGCGCUCUUCAGGUUGCAGGUCUGGCAAGUGCAGUGGAUAUGCUAGAGAACGUUACAUGCUUCAUUCCGCAGAACGAGGCAUUCCAGGCUAUCGGAGGCACUCUCGCGACUGACUCCCAGAUGGACCUGAGCCGAAUCUUGGAAUACCACGUCGUGAACGGCUCAGUGUUGUACAGCACUGAUAUCAAGAACGGAACCAAGGUUGUCAGCAUGAAUGAUUUGGAACUUACCAUCUCCACAUACAUGGACAAGAAUGGAACUGAGGUCAUUUAUGUCAACAGUGCAAAGGUCGUCACCCCGAAUGUCCUCGUCGGAAAUGGUGUCGUGCAUGUCAUCGACAACGUCCUCAAUCCCGGCAACCGCACCGCUGUCCCCAACUAUACGGCAACGUCAGACUCGCCAGCGUUCUCUGGCGCCAGCUCGGCGACUGGUGAGGUGUUCACCAGUGGUGUGGCCUCAGCGACAACCACGGUAGAGACCGGUGCCGUGGCUAGUGCUACUGCAUCCGGGUCGUCCUCGUCGAGUAGCUCCGGUCUCGCAGCUCCGAUGGCAACAGGCGGACUCGGCGCGGCGGCUUUGUUCGGAGGUGCUGCUGUGUUGAUGAACAUGUAG